AUGGCGGACGCAGCAAAAGCCCCGCACGCGAUUUCCAUCCUGGGCGAGCCCAACAUCGUCGUCGACCAUGCGCUGUGGCCCAACUACAUUGUCCAGGACCUGACGCAGAACCUGGCGUCGUCGACGUAUGUGCUGAUCACCGACACCAACCUCUUCGACACGUACGUGCCGGCCUUCCAGCAGCGAUUCGAGACCGCCAAGGCCACCAAGAAUGCGCGGCUGCUCACCUACAAGAUCCCGCCUGGCGAGGCGUCCAAGAGCCGCGAGACAAAGGCCGAGAUCGAGGACUGGCUGCUGUCGCAGCAAUGCACGCGCGACACCGUCAUCAUUGCCGUUGGCGGUGGCGUCAUUGGCGACAUGAUUGGCUACGUCGCGGCCACCUUCAUGCGCGGCGUCCGCUUUGUCCAGGUGCCGACGACGCUCCUGGCCAUGGUUGACUCAUCGAUUGGCGGGAAGACGGCGAUUGACACGCCCAUGGGGAAGAACCUCGUGGGCGCUUUCUGGCAGCCGCGGAGGAUUUUCAUUGACCUCGCCUUUCUGGAGACGCUGCCCGUGCGCGAGUUUAUCAAUGGCAUGGCCGAGGUUAUCAAGACUGCCGCCAUUUGGAACGAGAAGGAAUUCACUGUUCUGGAAGAGUCGGCAGCGACCAUCUUGUCCAGCGUUCGCUCCAAGGGCCAGGGCCGCCUGCAGCCCAUCAAGGAUGUGCUCAGACGCAUCGUCAUUGGCUCUGCCGGAGUCAAGGCAGAGGUUGUUUCUUCGGACGAGCGCGAGGGCGGCCUUCGAAACUUGCUGAACUUUGGCCACUCCAUUGGCCACGCUAUCGAGGCGCUGCUCACUCCCCAGCUGCUCCAUGGAGAGGCCGUGGCCAUUGGCAUGGUCAAGGAGGCUGAGCUGGCCCGAUUCCUGGGCGUCCUGCGACCAGAGGCUGUUGCCAGACUGGAGAAGUGCAUUGCCUCCUAUGGACUGCCCACGUCUCUCAAGGACAAGCGAGUCAUCAACCUGACUGCCGGCAAGAAGUGCCCUGUCGAUGUGCUGCUCAAGAAAAUGGGCGUUGAUAAGAAGAAUGACGGUGCCCAGAAGAAGAUUGUGCUGUUGUCGGCAAUUGGCAAGACCCACGAGGCAAAAGCCAGCUCUGUGGAGGACCGGGAUAUCAGAAUCGUCCUCUCCGACUCUGUCGAGGUAACGCCUGGCAUCCCCGGCGAUCUCAAACUCACCGUCACACCUCCCGGAUCCAAGAGUAUUUCCAACCGGGCUCUGAUUCUCGCAGCUCUCGGUACCGGUUCUUGCCGAGUCAGGAACCUGCUCCACUCAGACGACACCGAGUUUAUGCUUUCUGCAAUUUCCACCCUCGGAGGCACCUCUUACUCAUGGGAAGAGGGCGGCCAGCUCUUGGUUGUCGAAGGCAACGGCGGUAAGCUGAAGGCUUCUGAUGAGCCUCUCUACAUCGGUAACGCGGGAACCGCCUCGCGUUUCUUGACCACAGUUGCGGCUCUGUGUGCCCCUACUAGCACUGCCACUACCACUGUUCUGACCGGCAAUGCCCGAAUGAAGACACGACCAAUUGGCCCGCUUGUUGACGCCCUACGCAGCAACGGCGUUGCCAUCGACUAUCUUGAGCGAGAGAAGAGUCUCCCGCUGCGCAUCAAUGCCUCGGCUGGCCUCGAGGGAGGAGAGAUUGAGCUUGCAGCCACUGUUUCCUCUCAAUAUGUGUCUUCUAUCCUUAUGGCGGCGCCCUAUGCCAAGAAGGCCGUUACUCUGCGACUGGUUGGAGGCAAGCCCAUUUCCCAGCCAUACAUCGACAUGACCAUCUCCAUGAUGAAGUCCUUUGGCAUUGAAGUUACUCCUUCUGCGGAUGAGCCGGACACCUACCACAUUCCCCAGGGUGUCUACAAGAACCCCGCGGAGUACAUUGUUGAGAGCGACGCCAGCUCUGCCACUUACCCUCUCGCGGUAGCCGCCAUUACCGGAACCACUUGCACUAUUCCCAACAUUGGAUCCAAGUCUCUUCAGGGUGACGCCCAGUUUGCUGUCAAGAUCCUCGAGCCGAUGGGAUGCAAAGUUCACCAGGACGACUACUCUACUACCGUCACAGGUCCCAAAGAUGGAGCUCUCAAGGCCCUGCCAAGUGUUGACAUGACGACCAUGACGGACGCUUUCCUUACAGCUACUGUCUUGGCUGCGGUGGCAACUGGAACAACCGAGAUUAUCGGAAUUGCCAACCAGCGGGUAAAGGAGUGCAACCGUAUUCUGGCCAUGAAGGACCAGCUGGCUAAAUUCGGCGUCCUCUGUAAUGAGCUUGAGGACGGUAUUCAGAUUAUCGGCAAAUCUAGGGAUAGCCUGGUUACGCCCACCGAGAGCAUUCACUGCUACGAUGACCACCGUGUUGCCAUGAGCUUUAGUGUCCUGUCUCUUGCCGCACCUGGCCCUGUUUUGGUCACUGAGCGAGAGUGUGUUGGCAAGACUUGGCCUGGUUGGUGGGAUGUCUUGGCUCAGUCGUUCAAGGCGACGCUGGCGGGUGUUGAUACCGAGAGCAGCCGCGAGACCAAGCCCAAGACUUCUGCCAAUGUUCAGCGCUCCAUCUUCGUUGUUGGCAUGAGAGGAGCUGGAAAGACAACUGCUGGCAAGUGGGUUGCAAAGACCCUUGGCUGGAAGUUUAUCGAUCUGGACCACGAGCUGGAACGACGGAGUGGCACAACCAUUCCAGAAAUAAUUCAGGGCCCCCGAGGCUGGGAAGGAUUCCGCGAGGAUGAGCUGGCGCUUUUGCGCAACGUUAUCGAGGCCCACCCGAAGGGACAUGUCUUCUCUUGCGGAGGUGGCAUUGUCGAGACCCCGGCUGCCCGAGAAGUCCUGAAAUCGUACGGCGCCAAUGGCGGUCUUGUGCUGCUGGUUCACCGUGAUACUGACCAGGUUGUCAACUACCUGCUUCAGGAUAAGUCGAGACCGGCUUACACGGCCGAGAUCCGGGAGGUUUACGAGCGCAGGAAGCCCUGGUACAGGGAAUGCAGCAACAUGCUCUACUACAGCCCGCACUCACAAGAUGCUGCUACGUCUGAAAUCCCCGAUGACUUUUCGCAGUUUAUUUCGGUGAUCUCAGGAAAGUCUAGGACUCUUGAAACUGUCUCCAAGAAGAAACAUAGCUUCUUCGUGUCUUUGACAUUGCCUGAUCUCACCGCCGCGGUGGACAUAUUACCUCGUGUCACUGCUGAUAGUGACGCUGUAGAGCUCCGUGUGGAUCUCUUGCAAGAUCAGCAGCCCGAGGCCGUCAUGAAGCAGGUAUCAUUGCUCCGACAUGUGACAGGAAAGCCCAUCAUUUUCACAGUCCGAAGCGAGUCUCAGGGAGGAAAGUUCCCUGAUAACGACAACGAGCUGCGUCUGGAGCUCUACCGCCUCGCUCUUCGCAUGGGCGUGGAGUACAUUGACCUUGAGGUGACUUCGACCGAUGAGAUUAUGCAAGAGGUUAGAGAUAACCGAGGCAACUCUGUCAUCAUUACGUCUCAUCACGAUCCUGCUGGCGCUCUGUCUUGGAAGAACGCGUCUUGGAUUGCGGCUUACAACCGGGCACUGCAGUAUGGCGAUGUGAUCAAGCUGGUUGGCACUGCCCGAAGCGUCGACGACAACUUUGACUUGAUCCGAUUCAAGUCUAGGAUGCUGGCGGCUCAGCCAACGCCCAUCAUUGCCCUCAACAUGGGCUCUGCUGGCAAGCUCAGCCGUGUCCUGAACGGGUUCCUCACUCCCGUCUCUCACCCAGCUCUUCCGUUCAAGGCUGCUCCCGGACAGCUGUCCGCAGCUGAGAUCCGACAGGGCCUGUCCUUGCUGGGAGAGAUUGAGCCGCGCAACUUUUACUUGUUUGGCAAACCAAUUUCCAAGUCUCGAUCACCGGCUCUGCACAACACCCUCUUUGGCCAGACUGGCCUGCCGCAUCAUUACCAGCGUCUGGAGACGGAUAAGGUUGAGGAUGUUGUGGAGGUGCUCCGCGCUGCGGACUUUGGCGGUGCUUCGGUCACGAUCCCGCUGAAGCAGGACAUCAUGGCUCAUUUGGAUGAGUUGACGGAUGCCGCCAAGGUCAUUGGCGCUGUCAACACUGUUGUUCCUGUGGCUGAUAAGUCUUUGGGACGCCAGCGACUCAUUGGAGAUAACACUGACUGGAAGGGCAUGGUUCACGUCCUUCGCAAGGCCGGUGUCCAGACGCAGGCCGGCGAUGCCAGUGCCGCUGUUAUUGGCGCUGGAGGAACUAGCCGAGCUGCCAUCUUUGCGUUGAACUCUUUGGGCUUCAAGCCCAUCUAUGUCGUUGGCCGAGACGCCCAGAAGGUUCAGGCUCUUGCGUCGAGUUUCCCGUCCGAAUAUGACAUCCAGUCCGUUGCUAGUGCUGCUGAUGCCGAGAAGCUGGCGAGCAAGCCCGUUGUCAGCAUUAGCACCGUUCCUGCCGACAGGCCGAUUGAUGCGGGCGUUGGAGAGAUUCUUGGUGCUGUGUUCAAGCCUACUUCUGGUCAGGAUCAGAGCAGGGUUCUGCUGGAGAUGGCCUACCACCCUCCCCAGACCCCGGUGAUUCAGAUUGCGGAGAAGGCUGGUAGCUGGACGACGAUUCUUGGGCUGGAGGUUCUUGCUGCUCAGGGAUGGUACCAGUUUGAGACUUGGAAUGGCAUUAAGCCGCUCUUUAGCGAUGCUUUAGAUGCUGUUAUUGGAAAAGAGUCAGUAGCUCAGUAG